AUGUAUCCUGAUGUUCCUAUUUAUGGAUUGAAUUUGGAAUUGAAAUUUAAGAGUUUUUUCCCUUCACAUGCAGCUUUAAUUGAAAGUCUAAUUACUGAACAUGAAAUCUUAGACAAAAAAACAUGUUCCUUUAAUACUUCUGGGGACGGGGUUCCCAACCCAAAAAUAUUCAUGAGACUACAUAAGAAAACAUCAGAAAAGCAAAAUUUUAUUUUGGUAAAACUUGAGACUAGACGCAAAGAUCGUUAA